AUGAUGUUAUUUUUCCUUCUCAUACCACUUCAGAUCUUUGCUUUUACAUAUCAAUAAUAAUAAUAACUCAAUUCUGAUGAAGUCAAUUAAAUAUUGGAUUACAAUUCUGGAAACAUUUUUGAUUAUGAAUUAAAAAAAGUGAUAGGAAAAGGUGCCUUCUCCAAGGUUUACUUGGCAUAUAGAAUUGAAGACUAAGAGCCAGUUGUUUUAAAACAUAUCAAAGACACCAAAGAAAGUGAUAUCAAUCAAGAGAUAUCAAUACUGUAAGCCUUAUUAGGUUUGCCCAAUAUUGUUCAAAUGAUAGAUGCUAUCAAGGGACAUUAAGAUGAAUAGGCUGACUAUUAUUAAUAACUCGUAAAUAAGGAGAUAUAAUCAAUAGAUGAUAAAUAGGAAUCUCUUUAUAAUGAUUCUCUUGAAACCACUAUAAUAUUUGCCUACUAAAAUACAACUCGUAGUUUAUAUAAUAUCCUUAAAAAAAGAAGGUACACUUUAAAAUAAGUAAAAAAAUACUUUAAAUAAAUAUUCAGUGCUCUCGAUAAGGCCCAAGAAUUACAUAUAAUGCAUAGGGAUAUUAAAGCUGAAAAUGUUCUUGUAGAUAAAAAUGAUAAUAUUAUAUUAAUAGAUUGGGGUUUAAGUCAAUUUUAUGAUAAAUAAAAAUCCUUAUCUGUUAGAAUGGGUACUAGAUAUUAUAAAGCACCAGAGUUAUUAUUGAAAUAUAAGAAAUAUGAUUACUCAAUUGAUGUUUGGGCAGUUGGAUGCAUGUUGGCUGAUUUUAUAUUCAAGACUGAUCCCUUGUUUAAAGGGAAAGAUCUUAAAGAUUAAUUAAGAUAAAUAAUUUUGAAGUUGGGAACCAAGGAUUUAUAUGGAUAUCUGAAAAAAUAUCAUAUUAGAUUAGGUUUGUAGGAUAUCCCUUAAGUUGAAGAGCGAAUAGAUUUCAAUAAAUUGGUGAAUAAAAAGAACAAGAGAUGGGCUACCAAAGAAGGGAUUGAUUUGUUGGAAAAAAUCUUUGUUUAUGAUCAUGUAUUUAAUUAACCUAAUUUGCAUAGAAAUUAAGAAUAAAUGCACGUUAAGCCCUAGAGCAUGCAUUCUUCUCAUGA